AUGAGGUGUCGGUUGCACAAAAGGAAUCUGCUCGCGCUGCUAUGUGUUUCCUUUGGAGUUGUGACUCUCCUGUUUUCAUCAUGUAGGCCAUUAGUGGUCAACAAUGACACCAGUGGAAUUUAUUAAUGUUCUCAGGAAAUCACGGCAUGCUUCUGGGGGACACGGUGACAGUUUAACUUCGGCUGUCCCUUACCAUUAUUGACUCAGUCGAGUUUACAGUCCAAUUACAAGCAGUGUGUUCACAAUGCAGAUAGGUUUCCAGGGGAGCCUCAGCUGGUGCUGGUUGUGCAGGUCCACAACAGCCUGAGUACCUUCAGGCCUGCCUCGACUCAAGUCACUGGGAGAAAGCUGCUGAGGGUCCACAGCUUCCUCCUCAUCUUUAGCCAUGACUAUUUUUCGGAGGAAAUAAACGCCAUGCUGCAAGGGAUAAGCUGUUCUGCAAAGUACUGCAGAUUUAUUUUCCCUUGCAGCAUUCAGCUGUAUCCAGCAGAGUUUCCUGGCAGGAUCCACGAUGAAGACUGCCCCUCAGACAUAUCCGAAUGGCCGACGCUCUCAAAAACAGGAUGCCUUCAACGCAGAACACCAGGCAACUUCCUAGUGGACACUACACGGGGGGAGGCCUUCAUGAACAACCAAACACCACUGAGUGGGGGAGCUGCACUGUUGGUGUGGGACGGCUUGCGGGCGAGAUGCAGGGGCUACAGUGGCUUUGUACUCUUUCUGUGGAAGGAGGGAGACAAACUAACAUCUCUGACCUGCUCUCGUUCCAUUUCUUAA